UCUGCCCGUUUGUACUGUGCAUGGUGUGUUGUGUGCCUGAUGAGACGCAUACAGUCGUUUAAGUCCUGUCGAUUUGUUGAGCCGUAUUUUUAUCAGAUUGCACGUGGAACGCCCUAUUAUCCGAUAGCUUCAGAGGGAUCGCACCUCUUCAUAACACGCAGACAAUACAUGCACUCAGCCAAGAGACCUUGUUUGCAGGAAAUGUCUUCUGUUAAAAUUGGCACACACAACGGGACUUUUCACUGUGAUGAAGUUUUGGCGUGUUACUUUCUACGGCAGCUCCCGGAGUACAAGGAUGCUAAAAUAAUGCGGACACGUGAGCCUGCAGAGCUGGCCCAGUGUGAAGUUGUGGUUGACGUUGGCGGAGUGUAUGACCCAAAUCGGCAGCGUUAUGACCAUCAUCAGAGAUCCUUUGUGGAGAGCUUCAACAGUUUGUGCCCAGAGAAGCCAUGGGUAACCAAACUGAGCUCAGCUGGUCUGGUUUAUUUUCACUUUGGUCGACGAAUUCUUUCCCAGCUUACAGGGCUGACACAGGACAGCAGACAGUUGGAGAUCCUAUUUGAUAAGCUGUACGAGAACUUUGUUGAGGAAGUGGAUGCAGUGGAUAACGGGAUUUCUCAGUGUGAUGGUGAGGCACAUUACACUAUCAGCACCACCCUCAGUGCUCGUGUUGGCUAUCUUAACCCACGGUGGAAUAGUGAUUGCCAGGACACAGAGGAGGGUUUUCUUAAAGCCAUGGCCUUGGUGGGAACUGAGUUCUUAGAUCGAUUGGACUACUAUCAAAAUGCAUGGCUCCCUGCACGAGCAGUAGUGGAGGCUGCUGUUCAGACAAGGCGUCAGGUGGAUGCCAGUGGGGAGAUAAUUAUGCUGGCCCAAGGUGGAUGUCCUUGGAAAGAGCAUCUCUUUGCCUUGGAAAAAGAGCUAAAGGUGGAGGUACCAAUCAAAUUUGUGCUCUAUCCAGACCAGAAUGGCCAGUGGAGAGUCCAGUGUGUGCCGACAGGGCUCAACACGUUCCAAAACAGGUUGUCACUGUUGGAGGAAUGGCGUGGUAUCAGAGACAAUGCAUUGUCCCAACUCAGUGGAAUCCCUGGCUGUAUUUUUGUCCAUAGCAGUGGCUUUAUUGGGGGAAACAAAACCAAGGAGGGAGUUAUUGAGAUGGCUAAAAGAACCUUACUAGCAUCUUGAACAUCUCCAGUGACUGCUGAAAUUGUCUUAUUUUUGCAUUACUGCUUAAGCUCAUUUUUGUAUUGCAAGUUUAACUUGCUUGUUUCACAAUAAUAAAAUGCCUGAACCAAA